UGUAGUCAGCAUUAGGGAAUCAUUUAUUAGUAAUUUCUGUCACACAGUAAACCUUUCUUGAAAAUGUAAUGUCCGUAAAGCCCCACAAAUGAAUUCUGUUACGAACUCGGUUUUUACUUGUGUGGGUAGGUAAGAAGUCAAGUUUGAAACAAGUUACGAAGAAAAGAAGAGCCAGUUUUGUUUCUAAUAUAAGAAUACUGAUGUCUGCAGACGUACAGAGUAAAACCUUGAGUGACAAGACUGAAGGACCUUGUUUCAGUCUGGUGCACCAAGCCAGCCCUGAGGACAAUAUGAAGAGCUCUGCAUUACUACAAGAAGAUGGAGCAGUCACCUUAGUGGGAUGUGACUUGGUGAGGUCCUGUGGUCUCCGCUGUGUAGCCUGAAGACGAGACAGUUCCCCUGGCCUCCUCCUUACCGCUUCUCCUCCGAAGGAGCCCAAGGCUGGCUGAGUCCAGGAGUGCAGUGUUAUUUAAAUGGCCUUGGCACUGCCUCUUGUUUUCUCACUGGCUCUUUGUUCCAGCUGAAAGAUUUUUCUUUUUGGUCAAACCUUUUUGGUGUCAUAUUCCUCUGUGCAUACUGUGGAAUAUUCACUGGAAAUACCACCCUCUGAACCAAAGCAAAUUCAAUGGUAUCUUACUGUUAAGGAUUAUAGCCCCCCACCUACCUGUGCAGCCUACAAUGAAUCCCCUCUGCUGUUGGGUGAAGGUGCAUUUGCUGCUCAGUACUUUUCUAGGCCUCUGUUUGGGCCUGGAGUUUAUGGGGGCUCCAGGCCAGUGGGCUCGCUACCUUCGCUGGGACGCCAGCACCAGAAGUGACCUGAGCUUUCAGUUCAAGACAGACUCAUCUACCGCCCUGCUCCUCUAUUUUGAUGAUGGGGGCUACUGCGACUUUUUACAGUUAAUGGUGGUGGAGGGGAAGCUACAGCUGCGAUUCAGCAUUGACUGUGCCGAGACCACAAUCGUCUCUGACAAGAGGGUCAACGACAGCAACUGGCACUUUGUUAUGCUCAGCAGGUACAACCUGCGGACUGUCCUGAGUCUGGACAGUGAGACAAAGGCCGCAGAGGUCAGACCGCAGCGGCAGUACAUGAAAAUUGUCAGUGACCUGUUUCUGGGGGGUGUCCCACAGGACAUUCGCUCAUCAGCUCUGACGCUGCCCCUGGUGAAAGAACAGCCACCAUUCAAGGGAGUUAUUAUGGACUUUAAGUACAGUAACCAGGAGCCCAGACUGCUCAGCAGCCAGAGAGUGGGCCUAGACAUGGAGGGCCUCUGCUCGGAGAAUCCCUGUGAGAACGGGGGCAGCUGCUCUGUGGUGGAUGGGGAGCCCCUCUGCGACUGUUCUAAAACCGAGUAUGUUGGUCGCUUCUGCAACCAAGAGGUGAACAGUGAGCCAGGUUUCUCUCACAUGAUGAUGGCAGAACAAGCCAAAAAAGCCAGAGAAGAAAAUGUGGCAACCUUCCGGGGUUCGGAGUACUUCUGUUACGACCUGUCGCAGAACCCAAUCCAGAGCAGCAGUGAUGAAAUUACGCUCUCCUUCAAGACCUGGCAGCGCAAUGGUCUCAUCCUGCACACGGGCAAGUCAGCCGACUAUGUCAACCUGGCCCUGAAGGACGGCGCUGUCUCCCUCGUCAUCAACCUGGGUUCCGGGGCCUUUGAGGCCAUUGUCGAGCCUGUCGACGGCAAAUUCAACGACAACGCGUGGCAUGAUGUUAAAGUCACACGCAACCUGCGCCAGGUGACAAUAUCUGUGGACGGUAUCCUCACCACGACCGGAUACACACAGGAGGACUACACCAUGCUCGGCUCUGAUGAUUUCUUCUAUGUCGGAGGCAGCCCAAGCACAGCCGACCUGCCGGGAUCUCCAGUCAGCAACAACUUUAUGGGCUGCUUGAAGGAGGUUGUUUACAAAAACAACGACAUCAGACUAGAGUUAUCCCGGCUGGCCAGGAUUGUGGACCCCAAGAUGAAGAUACAGGGUGACGUGGUGUUCCGGUGUGAGAAUGUGGCCACUCUGGAUCCCAUUUCCUUUGAGACCCCCGAGGCUUACAUCAGCCUGCCCAAGUGGAACACCAAGCGCAUGGGCUCGAUCUCCUUCGACUUCCGUACCUCGGAGCCUAAUGGCCUCAUCCUCUUCACCCACGGCAAACCACAAGAUAGGAAAGAUACACGUAGUCAGAAGAACACCAAGGUGGACUUCUUUGCCGUAGAACUGCUUGACGGCAGCCUCUACCUAUUACUGGACAUGGGCUCAGGGACCAUCAAGGUUAAGGCCACACAGAACAAGGUCAAUGAUGGUGCCUGGUAUCAUGUAGAUGUACAGCGGGAUGGGAGAUCAGGCACCAUCUCAGUGAACAGUCGCCGCACACCCUUCACGGCCAGCGGGGAGAGCGAGAUUCUGGACCUUGAGGGAGAUAUGUACCUUGGUGGGCUUCCUGAGAACCGGGCAGGGCUCAUCCUUCCCACAGAACUGUGGACAGCCAUGCUCAACUAUGGCUAUGUCGGCUGCAUCCGAGACCUGUUCAUCGAUGGCCGCAGCAAGGACAUUCGGCAGAUAGCAGAGGCCCAAAAUGGGGCUGGGAUCAAGCCCUUCUGUAACAAGGUGCCAGGAAAGCAAUGUGAGAGCUACCCCUGCAGGAACAGGGGUGUCUGCAAAGAGGGGUGGAACAGGUUCAUUUGUGACUGCACUGGCACUGGCUACUGGUCCAGAACAUGUGAAAGAGAAGCCUCCAUUCUGAGCUACGAUGGGAGCAUGUACAUGAAGGUGGUGAUGCCCAUGGUGAUGCACACGGAAGCGGAGGACGUGUCCCUGCGCUUCAUGUCACAGCGUGCCUACGGACUUCUCAUGGCCACCACAUCCCGCGAUUCAGCCGACACACUGCGGCUGGAACUGGAUGGUGGACGCGUCAAGCUCACGGUCAACCUAGACUGUAUCAGGAUAAACUGUAACUCCAGCAAAGGACCAGAGACGCUGUAUGCUGGACAAAAACUCAAUGAUAAUGAGUGGCAUACAGUUCGGGUGGUCCGGCGGGGUAAAAGCUACAAGCUCACGGUUGACGAUGACAUGGCUGAAGGUCAGAUGGCAGGUGACCACACCCGCCUGGAGUUCCACAACAUUGAGACUGGGAUCAUGACAGAGCGUCGCUUUGUCUCCAACAUCCCAUCCAGUUUCAUUGGUCACCUGCAGAGUCUUAAGUUCAAUGGCAUGCUCUACAUUGACCUGUGCAAAAACGGGGACAUUGACUUCUGUGAGCUCAAUGCUCGUUUUGGCAUGCGUUCCAUCAUUGCUGACCCUGUCACCUUCAAGACCAAGAACAGCUACCUGAGCCUGGCCACGCUGCAGGCAUACACCUCCAUGCACCUCUUCUUCCAGUUCAAAACCACCUCCCCCGAUGGCUUCAUCCUCUUCAACAGUGGGGAUGGCAACGACUUUAUUGCUGUCGAGUUGGUGAAAGGGUACAUCCACUACGUGUUCGACCUGGGUAACGGACCCAAUGUCAUCAAGGGCAACAGCGACAGGGCUCUGCACGAUAACCAGUGGCACAAUGUUGUCAUCACCAGGGACAACAGCAACACACACACGCUGAAGGUGGAUGCCAAGGCAGUGAGUCAAGUUGUCAAUGGUGCCAAAAACCUGGACCUGAAAGGUGACCUCUACAUUGCUGGGUUGGGUCCAGGCAUGUACAGUAACCUGCCCAAGCUGGUGGCCUCCCGUGAUGGUUUCCAGGGCUGCCUGGCCUCAGUGGACUUGAAUGGCCGCCUGCCAGACCUGAUAAAUGACGCUCUCUUCCGCAGCGGGCAGAUUGAGCGUGGAUGUGAAGGCCCCAGCACCACCUGUCAGGAGGACUCAUGCGCCAACAUGGGCAUCUGCAUCCAGCAGUGGGAGAACUACACUUGCGACUGCUCCAUGACUACCUACUCUGGCACGCACUGCAAUGACCCUGGAACCACUUUCAUUUUUGGAAAAGGGGGAGGCCUCAUCACAUACACAUGGCCAGCGAAUGACCGGCCCAGCACUCGCACCGACCGCCUGACCGUGGGCUUCAGCACCUCGCUCAAGGACGGCAUCCUGGUUCGCAUUGACAGCGCCCCUGGCCUAGGAGACUACCUCAUGCUCCACAUUGAGCAAGGCAAGAUUGGCGUCACAUUUAACAUUGGGACAGUUGACAUCAGCGUGCGUGAGAGCAGUAUUCCAGUGAAUGAUGGGAAGUACCAUGUGGUGCGUUUCACAAGGAACGGAGGCAAUGCAACACUGCAAGUGGACAACUGGGCAAUCAAUGAGCACUAUCCCACAGGCAGCAGUGAUAUUGAGCGCCUUCAAUUGGCUAAUAAGAAAAUCCCGUUCAAAUAUACCCGGCCCGUAGAAGAAUGGCUACAAGAGAAAGGCCGACAGCUAACAAUCUUCAACACCCAGGCAACCAUCACGAUUGGAGGGAAUGACCGUGGAAGGCCGUUCCAAGGCCAGCUCUCAGGCCUGUACUACAAUGGGCUUAAGGUACUGACCAUGGCAGCGGAGGGCAACCCCAACAUCCGCAUAAAUGGUAGUGUCCGCCUUGUGGGCGAAGUGCCAUCUGUCCUGGGUUCGGGUACCACCACUUCUGUUCCUCCCGAGAUGUCCACCACCUUCAUUGAGACCACAACCACCAUGUCUACAACCACUGCCCGCAAACACCGCUCAUCACCUACCAUCCAGGGGUCGCCAAAGACGACAGAGGACAUGGUAUCUUCGGCAGAAUGCUCCAGUGAUGACGAGGACCUGGAGGAGUGUGACUCAGGACAUGCAGGAGGCGAGUUAGUAAUCCCUGUACUUGUAGAAGAUCCCUUACACACUCCUCCUAUAGCCACUCGUGCACCCUCCAUCCCUCUCCCCACAACCUUCCGCCCCCUCCUCACCAUUACUGAGACCACCAAAGAGUCCCUGUCCGUGGCCACUGAGGCGGGCUUACCUUGCUUGUCGGACCAAGGCGCCGAUGAUUGUGAUGGUGAUGGCUUGGUGAUAUCUGGGUAUGGCUCAGGGGAAGCAUUCGACUCUAACCUGCCCCCUACUGAUGAUGAAGAUUUUUACACCACCUUCUCCUUGGUAACAGAUAAGACCUUGUCAACGUCGGCCUUUGAAGGGGGCUACAAAGCUCACGCGCCUAAGUGGGAAGCCAAGGACUUUAGACCUAACAAAGCCGCCGAAUCUGGUAGGACUACUACCACAUCUUUGUCCCCUGAGCUGAGUCGCUCCGCAACCUCCUCCACGCCCGAAACACUGCCCAAACUGCCUGCAGGCAAAAUGAAUAACCGAGAGCUAAAACCCCAGCCAGACAUAGUCUUGCUUCCAUUGCCCACUUCCUAUGAGGUAGACAGCACAAAGCUGAAGAACCCAUUAAUAACCUCCCCCAUGUUCCGUAAUGUACCCACAGCCAACCCCACGGAGCCGGGCACCAAGCGGGUUCCGGGGGCCUCAGAGGUGGUCCGUGAGUCUAGCAGCACCACAGGGAUGGUCGUCGGAAUAGUUGCUGCAGCCGCCCUGUGCAUCCUCAUCCUCCUGUACGCCAUGUACAAGUAUAGGAACAGGGACGAGGGCUCCUACCAGGUGGACGAGACCCGCAAUUACAUAACUAACUCGGCACAGACAAAUGGCGCGGUGGUGAAGGAGAAGCAACAAAGUGCAAAGAGCAGCAACAAGAAACAGAAAAACAAGGACAAGGAGUAUUACGUGUAAAAUGUCCUCAGAGAGAAGUACACUGAAUAACAGUAACUGCAUCAGGAGCUGCAGAGUGAAGAAGAGGGAACAUGAAGAAGCUUGUUACUGAGUCACUGAACUAUGAAAUGUACUGUAAUAUAAAGCACACUUACUUAUUGUAAGCAUACCGAGAAGGCUAAUAGCAACAUUAGUGAUCUUAAUCUUCUAUCUGGCCUGAGACAUAAUCAGUGUAGAAUACUUCACAGUUACAUGAUUAAAGUGACUUUUAGAGGUAUGUGAUCCUUGGCGUAAACCUUGUUUUUUGUAACCCUGUUAAAAAAAAUAAUAAUAAUAAAAAAUAUCAUAACUUUGGCCAUUUCAAGCAUGUAUGCGACAUGUAGCGCUGGCAUCUUUACAAGUGUGGGUCAGAAAACAAAGAUCAUUGUAGAAGUCAAAGAAAAAAAAAAGACUUUUGCCAUAAAAAAGACAAAUUUGUAUUUGUACUACAUUAUGAAGUGUGGUGUCUUAUCAUACAUUAAAACAAAGUGAGAGAACUGGUAAAGACAGAUUUCAGAUGAUCUCGCAGCACUGUUUACUGAAGCCAAUUCUCUCCAUCAUACAAGUGACAAUGAAAAGUAAGUGGAGAGCAGCAGUUCUUUCUCGUCUCGGUAGAGCACUUGAUUGUAAUGCAUGCCAUCCUAGUGCUACACGCUCCUCAGUCUCACUUGAACAGAAGCACCAGGCCAAACUGCUGUUCAUCAAAGCAUCAACCCUUCUUUCUUCUUAAAACCACAACCAAGACAAGAGCCCCAGACAUUUCCAGCCAGUGCUGGUUCUAACUUGCACAGCCUUCUGUGGUGAUUCAUCCCUUCCCUUUGUGUUUCUUACCAAGCUGCUGUGACAGGAAGGAUCUCAGUGUCUAAUGGAGGACUGUGACAGUACUAGAGCACUGUUCAGGAUAUCAAUACAGAAAUAAAUCUAAUGUGAAAAGUGUGAAUUUUAUCUUAUGUCACAGUCAACUGUGUCAAACAACAAAUUUGUUUACAUAUUUUAUUACAUUAUAGCUGUUGUACUUUGUAGGUAGAUAUUGUACAUAACAUUUAAGUUGUAAUUUUUUUAGUAAUUUUAUUGUACAGACUAAUCAUUUGGUUUAUCAGUGUAUUUCAUGAAGAAAAUCAAAACUGAUAUGAAGAAAGACUUUGGAGCAAAGAAAAACAUAUUUUAUAACAAAAGGACAAGAAAAUAUUGUUAGGAUAGAAAAUUAAUCUUCUGAUCUCGCUGAUGUUUCUAAGUCGCAUGAAUAUUUGACUACUGAAAGUUGUCAAUCAAAUACAAAAUGCCCUUAAUUGUAUCAAAGCUUCCUUGUUAUUGAUUAUUUUAGUGUUAUUUUUAUUUUGAAAGAAUAAACGGAAGUACAAUAAAGAGAAAGUAUAUUGGAUGCUACAGCACAGGUGGGACAGCCUGCUGAGACUGUGUGGUUUCUGAAGGUUCUCUGGUCAUCGCAGGCAACCUGAAGCCACCAUUUUGGUUGUUAUUUCAGUCACUUCAUUGAUUUUUCUCUCAUUUUUGUGCAAAGUUUCAAUGAUCUUUAAGUUUUCAUUUCUUUUUUCUUAUUUUGUUACCACCUUCUUUCAUUUCUGAUCUGAUUCCAGAUUCUACUCUGUAAUAGACAAACAGGUUGUUGACACCAUUGUACAAGAUCCCCUUAUGUGACAAUGCCCAUCUUUUUGCAAAAAAUACUCGGGAAUUCCAGAUUAACAUUUUGUUAUCAGAAAGAUUAAACAAACACCAGAUUAAUAAUAAUAUUAUUAAGUUCUCAUGUUAAACAGACAAAUAAACAUCAUAAAAACCCUGUGGGUCUGAUGCCGUCUGACCCUGCCCUCAU